AUGACGCAGCCUAACGCGGUGGCCGGCCCGUCGCACACCGGGCAGUCUCUGGCGCACAGUGACGCAUCGAUUGGGACUGGGACGGCAUUGACAGGCGGUAUUGGGUCACUUUCUCUGGAUGCAUAUCUUCCUCCAGCUCCGGGAGUGCUCCCACCACUCCACCGCCACUUGCCAUCUCGAAUUCUCAAACUAUUCAUGUUAUACAACAGCACCAUCUCGACCGCACACGACAAUACACCCCACACACGACCUACUGGGAAGAUAUGGGAUACUGCCAAGGACAAGGGCAAGCGAAAAGAGGACGAAGCAGACGAAAGCCGGCACGGACCCAAAGAGGGUCUGUUCCAGCAUGGCUACAAGGCGUUUAUCAAAGACCUCGGCCUUGGGAAGCACAACCACAAAAAGGAUACGUUCCUCACUGACCUCAUGCAAAUGCCCGAGAAACAGCCCGUGCAGGUUGUCAAGCUCGACCGCACCACCCUUGUCCAUGCUUUCCGGCUCAAGGAAGGCGGUGUUCCGGGCUUCAACACCAGCGCGCUCACUGGCGACGACAAGGAGCGGAAGAAAAAGAAAAAGAAGCGCCCGAUCGACCCAUCUCAGCCGUCAGCACCGGCAACCCCUGCUGCUGCCGGCUCGGCCGCGCCGAGCGCUGCGGCACCUAUACGGAGACCGGCUGGGCCAUUGCCGCCCAGUCAGUUGGCGAGCAGCCAUGUGCCGCCAGCACAACAAUCAUCACAAAGACCGCCUCAGCAACAACCUCCACCACAACGGCAUCCAUUGCCAGCGAACCCAAAAGCCGCCGCUACCGCCGUGAGACCAUCAGGGGCAGGCACGGCAUCAGGAACAGGGACAAUCAAGCGAAAAGACAGAGAGGACAGUGUCAACGGUCAUGUAGGAAGUAUGGGAGGAGGAAACAUGGGACCAACAGGAGGAACGGGAUUGAAGCCGGCAAAGAAGCGAAAGAUGGACCCAAUGGCGUUCGCACCUGGUCACCACCAUCACGCUCAACCAGUUCAACAGCCUACACCGCACUAUUGA